AUGCCUCCGAUUCACGUUGGUCAGACAUUUGCAACUCUCGCCGAUUUCAAAGACGCUCUCCGCGAGUGGGCUAUCGAACGAAACUGGACGCCUCACAUCCUUGACAGCGACAGUCACAGAGUACGCGCGGGUUGCAGAUCCAGCCCAACCUGCCCUUUUCGUAUCAGGGCAAAUUAUAGUGCGAAGAGAAAGGACGCGAAGGUCACGACCGUCGAUGAUGUACACAAUUGCGCCCCAUUCACUGGCGAAGGGCCUUUACAUCAAAACAUUAAGCGUGCCGAAACCGGCAAGUUGAAGUUUCUCGUGGAGGCAGUCCCGAAGUUGAUGAAUGUGAAUGUGGAAACCAGCAUACAUGAGAUAAUAUCGGUGGUUGAGCAGAAAUAUGGGCAGAAGAUACCUACCAGGCAGGCGCAGAAAGUCAAAGGAGCCUUGGUGACGAGGAUAAAGGGGCCUUGUCGGCAUUGUCAUCGCCUGGGCCAUACAAGAAAACUCUGUCCCCAGUUGAAAGACGCAAGUGCGCGAUCGCUCACUUUUCAGAGUAGCAGCAACCUGGAUUUCUCGCCCACUGGACAAAGUGAUGGAACAUAUGCAGACGGCGGACUAGAUGAUACAUUUGGUGAAGGGGAGACUAUGGAUUAUGAUCAGGGGCAAGCGCCACCAUCUCAUGUUUACAGCCAGCACCCACGACCAACAUCAGAUCCGGCAUACCAGCAGACAAGUCAUGACGGUAUUGAUCCAAGUCUCGGUAACGGGAUUGAUCGUGCUUACAAUAAUGGCCCGAUACCAUCACCCCAUCCACCGAUUCCUGCCAUGGCGGCACCUCACAUACCUGUCCGAAGUCCCCGGCAAAGCUAUGGUCAAAGCAACGAUAUGGUGCAGCAGAGGACGCCAAGUGAUCGAAAUCCUCGAGGCAGAAUAGAAUCCACUAUGGCCCCAAACACCUCAAGUCCUUCGCGAACGCCUGGGGAGGUUCGGGCGGAGGCUUCACGGCUGAUGCAGCAGGCUACGCAGAUGAUGCAACAGGUAACUAGGAUGAAUGCUGAAGCCGUACGAUUACUGAAUUCAGUUGGAGACGCGACUUGA